CAAACCCAAACACUCCCACGAAAUCCACAAAAAUCCCGAUAAACAGAAAAAUCCUCCGAAAAAAAUCGGGUGCUCCCAAUCCCUUCCCAAGAACUUCCCCGCCCCUCCCGGAAUCCCACCGGCCCCAGCCAGAUUUCCCAAUCUCUCCGGCGCCGCCGCCGCCUUCCGCAGAUUUCCCGACGAGAAACCUAGGCGCCGUAGGUACGCCAGAGUCUUGGCUCACUCGCUGCUCGCCCGUCCGCCUAGGCGCUCAAUCUCGGUUCCCCAGCCCCGACCUACCAACCCUGCUUCUACUGCUGCCGCCGUGCCGUACCUAAGCGUCGCCGCCGGCGCGCCCCAAUCCCCCGCCUCUCACGCGGGGCGCCGCCAUCGCCGUCCCCGUUCUUCCUCGUCGGGGCAUCGCGUUCCCGUCCGCACCCUUCUUGCCAUUGAUUGGGUUUCGAGGUAUCAGGUUGUUUUCAUCCAGCGACCAGUUAAAUCCCGCUGACCUGCACAACUUCCGGGCGUGCCGCUGCGCACCCGGCACACCAUCUAGAUCCGCCCCCGCGGGGCUAGGUUUUGCUGUGCUCAGCCUUUCUGCCGAGAGGGCGUUGUGCGCGUAUGCGCCAUUGAAUCGUGCGCUGGCGCCGCCUCGAGUGCUAGGCGAGGAGUGGAACACAGUGGUGGUUUUUUUCAUUACUGCGCCGGACUGGUUCCUGCUGCUGAGGGCGGGUAGAUGGUGAGCGGCGUCAGGUGGCAUGGACCGAGGUGAGCCCUCGCUGAAGCCUGAAUGGUUGGUGCGUGGGGUUGCCACGCCGACAGUGUCAGCCGCAGGCAUCCGGCCAGGGACUUCGCCCCGUGCUUCGCCCCGUGCAGAUGAUCAAGACAGGGGUGCUUCUCCAAGAAACCAAUCAUCAGGCCGUGAUCGUGAACGGAGCUCCCAACAGUCCUCUUCACGCAGGAGUUCUGGCCCAAGUCUGUCCAGACGACAUGAACGGGAUGGCACUGUGAAGUCAAGAGGUUAUGCCAGUUUUGGAAGGAGCAACAGAGACAAGGUGUGCGAAAAGGGCUCUGAUUUCCGUGAUUGCGAGAGUAGGCCAGGUCUUUCAGAUGAUCCCUUGCGAGAUGGCUUCGGGUCCUUUAGCACAUGCAGACCGGAAAGCGAUAGGCUUAAUCGUAUUCGUCCAAAGCUGGACGCAUCGAAUCGGGCAGCUGGAGUAAGUUUGGACAAUGUUAAUCUAUCUAGUAAGGAUUCUGGUGGCAUAUCCUUUGAGCGAGAAUUCCCACACCUUAGUUCCGAGGACAGCAAUGGAAAGCAUGAUAUAGCUAGAGUUCCAUCUCCUGGAAUUAGCACCCCAAUUCAGAGCAUACCAUUGGUUUCUGCGCCUGAUGGCUGGAACUCGGUGCUAGCAGAAGUUCCUGGACUUAGUGAGCCAAGCAAUAACAAUGUUUCUUCUGCUUUGUCACCUGCUGGUUCCAUUAGACAGCUUGAAGUGACGAACUGUGGGUCUGCAUUAAGCAUGGCUGAAACAGUAAUGCAAGCACCAUUGAAAAAUUCCUCCACACCACAGCUAUCUAUUGAUGCUCAGAAGAUUGAAGAAAGAACUUUGAGGCAGUGCAUUCUAAGACCUCUGACGCCUUCAUCAAACAAAAUAUCUGUAUCUAGUUUAUCGGAUAAGUUAAAAAUCAAAGGUGCAAGAGCUGGUGAUUCUAAUGGUCCUGUCAAGUCUUUACAACAACUGUCAGCACAGCCUUCUAACAGCUCUGUUCGUACUCAAGUCAAAUCUGAGCUUGGUAAGCCAUCUCAACCAGGAAGCUUUCAAGUCCUAACCCGUGAGCAGAAUGGGGCUGUAAAUACUGCCAAAGAUGUCACCAGCGAUCCUGGGAGCCCUGUUCUAGGCCGUUCUUUUUCAAUAGAACCACUGAAAAAGCCUAUUGCCAACCAAAAGCUUAAAGGUGCCACAAACGGCCUCCCUUUGCAUCUACAACAAGGUUCAUCUGUUGAGAGAAAGGCAAGUGCAAAAGACAAGCAUAAAUUCUUUGAGUUGCUGCGGAGCAAGUCUUUAAAUGGUUCAAGAUCUGGCAUCGAGUCCUCAUCUAGCUUGAUUGAUGAGCAGAGGAACCCUUCUCUUGAUUUGUCCUUGUUUAACAGUGGCAUUAAAUGUAUUGAAAUUGGAAGUAGUUCAUGGGAGGAUGCAAAUUCUUGUGAUGGAUCUCCGCGACACCUCUCUGACAAUGAGGGAGUCAAGCCACAUUCAGAAUCUUGUGAUGUUCUGUAUGAGGGGUUGCAUGAGAUAGUUGCGAACAUCAAGUACUCCAACUCUUCAUCAGAUCUUGCUGAUGCUGUGACGCCUCAGGCAGACAAGGCUGAACCCACUCUGUCCAUUAUACCCACGGAUAAAAAUGAUGCUUUCGUGAAGUCAGACUCCAGCUAUGAUAAAACUAAUAUGUCAGUUGAACCCAUUGUACCAUGGGAAGAUGAAACGUACCCUACUGAAGAUGAGCCUAGUCCAGAAGAAAUGGCUUUCCUGAAAUCUCUUGGCUGGAAAGAAGACGAGAUAGUUCCGCCUCUGAAGCAGGAAGAGAUUGCUGAUUGUUUAAGGCACAACUUGAGGCUGCAGCAGAAGCUUGAGGAAUGUAGGGGCUAAUGAUAGAACUCAUCAAACAAAGUUACUGGUGUUGUUGCAGCGCUGAACUUGUGGAGUUCAAUCUAUGUCCUGAUGAGUUUUGGACUUUGGUCGGUAACUACCUCAACUCCCAUGGGACGAUUCUCUAGCUUAACAAAUCGAGUUUCCCCCAGUUAAUUUCAGUUCCAUGGGGAGUUUUCAUGAGUAGACUGAUGUUUCCCCCCUGCUGAAAAGAGGUUUUAGGGUUUUCUUUCUCAUUUUCCCAGAAGGAAUACCGUAUGAAAAGCCUGUAUGGUGUUGGACGCACGUAGGCGUGCGCCUGCGGUGCUCAGAAAGAAUAGGUUGUCUUCUUUUUUAUACUUCUCAUGGCUUGUCCUUGUUUCAGAAAAGAAAGGAAAAUAAUACUGGUGUUUACAUGAAAAGGACGCUCUAUGUUUACCGUGA